AUCUUCAUGGCUGCGACAAAUGACGGAUCGGGUAUGGGAGCCACUUAUGGAUCUUUACUCAUUGGAACAAUUCUAUCUGGAAUAUUCUAUGGCAUCACAUCGCUGCAGAGCAUUCACUAUUUCAAUGGCUACGCUGAUAGAGAUCAGUGGAAAAUGAAAACACUGGUCUCGGUACUACUGCUCAUCGACACCAUCGUUAUGGUCUUGCACUUCCAUGCUGCGUAUCAUUACUUUGUCGUGGCGUUUGGUGAUGCGUCGGCGCUUGAAGGGCAAAUAAUGACAUGGAGCUUCCAGCUUGAAAGCGUGUUCACAGGCGUCGUGACGUUUUUGUGCCAAAUGUUUUUUGUGAUCCGAAUCCGCAAGUUACAUCGAGGACUUUACCCAGAUUCCACAUUUGCGCCUUGGCUGUUCUCCUCCUUGACGCUCCUUGCAGUAGUGGCAUUUGUGACAAGCCUCGUACUGUCUAUAAUCCUCUUUUUGAACCCUCUGUGGCUCACUCUCGAGACAGAAAGGCUGCAGGAACUUAUGAUAGCUAAUAUCGUCUUCGCCACCGUGCUUGACGUGUUCAUCACGAUCGCCUUGUGUGUGAUCCUCGAACGUCACCGCAGUGGCUUCAAGAGCACAGAUAGCUUGAUCAACGGCCUGAUGAGAUUCAUGAUCACUCGAGGAAUUAUUACAACUGUCAUACAAGGCGCGACAUUGGUUACUUACCUUGCCUUGCCUUCUACUUUCAUCUGGCUGAUCUUUCAUCUAUCAACGAGUAAAAUCUAUGCCAACGCUGUCCUAACCACGCUGACAUCACGAACACCGCCAAGAGUCGUAAACAACAAGGACACAGAGAUUCCCGGAGAUACGUGGAACGAGCGUGAUCCCAACGCGUGCGUGACAUCAACAACCAUCUCCUUCCAAGCUCAACCCGAUAUGCUCAGCUGUACAACGGUCGCAUUGGAAGACAGCCGAAUACGAGCAUAAAUCCUGUGGUUGGAUCUGUUUAGAUGGUUGUGGAGCAAGCAGCUAUGCAAUUUGGUAAUCUAGAGUUUGCCCUAGGGCGCGCGCCUACCAUCUGGGAAACUCGGGUUGUAUUUUUAACGUAUUCAAAAUCGCGCUCCAUGCCGACUGUGAACCAAUUGAUAUUUUCUCUUUCAAUCGAGA